AUGCCCAAGCUACGCAAAGCGCGCAUAGCCGGGUACCGACGUUCCGUGCGCUCCGGCGACGGACCCAACACACUCGCAUUCGAUGCGGUAAACUUUGGUAUGUGGAGCGGCGAAGAAGUUGUCAAAGGCGUUGUUUUUCAAGCGUUCAAUUUGGAGGAGGAGCGUCGCGUGAUUGAGUAUGCGGGAGGUUCCGGCGAGGUGAAGCAGGUGGUCAUGAAGGUUGCUUGUCCGAGUGUGCUGGGCCUGGCGGGGAAGAUGGAGACGGUGUUGGGGAGGAUCUUUGUUCCUGAGGGCGAUGGCGAUACUCUUGUCGGGAGUGAGGACAGCAAUCGCAGCACGAUGGCUGUGGAUGGGGAUCGCAACGAGGACUUCAUCGACGAGUUCAGUGACGAGGACUUCUCCGAGACUAGUUCGCAGGCCACCGUCGAGGGUCACCCGACUCCACGUAUCUCACCCUCGAUCUCUACUCUCAACGACGCGGAUGUUCCGCACCGGUCCCUCGAUGACCUUCCGCUUUCUGCCAUCAACGAGCACCCAGCGGACUCGAUGAUCGAAACUACAGAUUGGGCGGCAACAAGACAGGUUGAGACUACGGACAUCAACCAGAUUGAGGAGCCUGAGCCUGUUCAAGAAGCGGAGGUAACUGAGGAUGUGGUGACUGUGGAAAGCCAUGAAGUUGAAGAGUCUGAGGAGGAGUCCGAGGAAGAGGAUCAAGACACUCAAGAGACGGAAGAAGCCGAGGUCACCGAAGACAAGACUGACACCAUCUCCAUGAGCUCAACCAGAUCUUUGAGACCGUCAGACUUCCAGAGGUUCCUCGGAGCAGAAUCCGCACGUGCAGCACCGGUACCCUCCCCUUGGCAACCGACCAUUCCCUGGGAGAAGAGGACUGCGCUAGCACCUGUCCGCAACGAGAUCGUCCGUACCCCUAGCCAGUUCAGCGGCACUGAGACCAGGAGACGCAAGACUAGCGACAGUAUCAAGUCUCUCGUUGAUCAUUUCGAGAACUUGUCGCCGGCGAGCACGCCUACUAAGGACAAGUUCGGCAAGGAAGGUUCCAUCAAGGACGGCUCUGCCAAGGAGGGCUUCAUCAAGGACAACUCUUUCAAGGAGGGAUCUGUCAAGGGCGGCUCUACCAAGAACACCAGCAAGGACGCCGACGAGGGUGUCUAG